CGGGGGGAAAGAACUCAACUUUGCAACAGUGAACUCUCACUGACCAGUCUAUUCAAGAUCUUAUCCAUUGAUGUUCCGCUGUAAUCUGGGAGCCGUUACAGAAGAGACUUCUGCAUCUAUAACAGAAGAUAUUUCGAAACCUUUACCAGAGGAGGUGAGAACAGAUGUCUUUGAACUGCCAGAGGUAUCUCUCACAUUUAGGAAUAUCUAAGAAAGACACCCAUGUAGAGCUGCUCUUGAGCUCGCUUUGACAGUGAUUUUCAUCAGACAGCUUAUGAAGGAACAACUGCUCCCAGCAAUGUAAGCCUUGCAAGGAAACAUAGAAAUAAGGAUACGACAUUUAAUACCUUCCUGGUGUGAAGAAAGUCAUACGAUGAAAUUCUACACGUCGCUAUGGAGUUUCGGUCGAACGGUUGUAGCGUGGUGUUGCCUUGCCACCUUUUUCGAUGUGGUCUUGGCAAGGGUCUCCAGGACUUUUCCGUGUCCCAAGGCAUGCUUAUGCGACUUGAUCACACUUAAAGUGGACUGCUCGGGAGGUGGACUCGACGGCUUACCCUCUACCGUUCCACUGAACACAAGAAUCUUACUCUUUCAAGAAAAUAAUUUGGGAAACGAACUCACCAUACCUGUUUUCAACAUAACAGCCAUGGUUCGCCUCCGGCAGUUGUCCGUUGCAAAUAAUUCGUUGAGUUUCAUAGACUCGGCGGUGUUCCCAAAACAAAUAAAGUUGAUCAAAUUGAACUUUGACAGUAACUACCUUGAGGGCAUACCAGCAAUGGUUCGCAAUAUGCGAUUGCUCAAGCACCUACACCUUAGCCGUAAUCGAAUAUCUAGUAUUAAUAAAAACGAUUUGCCGCCGUCUUCUACCAUAGAGAAGUUAUAUUUGGACUCGAAUCAGAUCUACAUCCUUGAAGAUGGUGCCUUUGCCGGUCAAAAGCGGCUUGAAAUUUUAUACAUGGCGGAUAAUCUCAUCAGCAAUAUUUCCACUGGUCUUUUUUCGAAACUAUCGAUGAUCAUGCAACUUGACUUAUCUUACAACAACAUUGGUGCCGAUUUUAAAACUCAGUAUGAUUUUCUGAAUGACGACAUUCCUACUCCCAAAACUGGAGAAGUUGGCGUUAGCUCACAUUCGGGUCUUGGGCCACCUCUAAACUUCAGUGAAUGGUUCACGCCGAACGUUGCUCCCAAACUAGAAUAUCUUAACCUAGAAGCAAAUGACAUACAGACGAUCGCACAAAAUGCCUUUAAAUUAUUCCCUGUACUUACUUCGAUUAACCUGGCAUAUAAUCAGUUGAUAGCAUUGCCACCACAAGUAUUACAUACUUUAAAUAACCUACAAAUUCUUGACCUUAGUGGCAAUAGAUUACGUGAAUUGCCAUAUGAGCUGUUUCAGAAGAACACGCGCCUUGAAGUCAUCAAGCUAAACAAGAACCUCUUUGUCAAUUUACCAGAAAAUAUAUUUGUCGGUGUUGAGAAGAGCCUCUUGGAACUUGAUCUAUCGGGAAAUAACCUACAUAGCGUUUCGUGGAUGAACGUCGAUCUACGACAUCUCAUUGUUCUUGAUCUGUCAGCGAAUGCUCUUACGGAUGCGGGGAGCUUGACACAUAUAGUUAGCUUACAAAGGCUGUAUCUUCAGGAAAAUCAGCUGUUUGAUAUUCCAAACGUGCGGAACUUGACACGACUUCAAGAGUUACACUUAACCAACAACUCCAUCAGGACCAUAUCAUUUGAUGCGUUCAACGGCAAUGUGGCGCUGGAAUUAAUCGCGCUGGACUACAACGAACUCGUCACUCUUGCAAUGGAACCCUUCGAGGGUAUACCCUUCCUGCAGACUGUCAAAGCCGCGGGGAACCCUUUCAACUGCGACUGUAAAAUGAAAUGGAUGGCAAAGUUUGCAGAGGAUACAAUGAGUUACGACCUGUAUCUGAACGGGAUUUAUGCAGAUGAGAUGGGCAUACCGGAAAGCACGUUUGUGGCUCUUGAAGCUUGGAUAGCACCCUUGAAGCAGCAAGUCGUAUGCGUAAGACCUCUUCUGGUUCAGGGUGUGGACAUUAACACGGCUCUCUAUAACUUCGGACCUGACCUCAUAUGCAGCCAUUUUGCAAACCCCAGGAGUAUCAUGGUCCUUAUUCUCACCUGGUUCCUCAUUAUCAUCGUAUUCCUCAUUCUGUUCUGGGGAAAGACCUUCUGGAUGGCCCGGAAGCAGUUCGGCAGCUCCAGGCCUAAGCUCGGCCAAGAAAAGCCUAAGGACGACGAUACGUGUUACGUCAUCUCGGCCGUCUCGAAAAAGGCGGGAAACGGCCAGUACCAUUUGCUACCGGACAAGAGUGACAAUGAGCCGUUGGUAUUUCUCUCGAACCACGAUGACGAGGCCUGCAAAUUAAGGACAUUUGAAAGGAGCUCUACAGAAAUAUUUAUUGAAACCACCGUCUGAUCUCGGAUAUCUAAAGCAAACUCUUGAGUUCAGUGAAUCUUGGACUAGUUAGCAGACGACCACUCGAUUGUUUCGAAACGGAUCUUGUUUUAUAUUUCCGUUUAUUUUUCACCUAAAAUCGUAAUCAUUGCCAUGUGUGCGUAUGAAUGUGUGCCAGCUUGUGAGUUAUAUCUUGCUCCUACUCAACAUGCCCGAGAAGGAUAUAAUGUACUAUUCGUAAUUUUGUUUGCAUUAUUAUACUAUUUGAACAAUGUCAUGACUGUGUUCAUCAUGAAUAUGUUAGCUCUCAUUAACAAAACUGAAAGAUAGUUUCCCAUUUUAUAAAUAUGAAGCUGUUACGUAUGGAUAAAUAUUGGCUCCACCGAAAUUCAUUUAAUUAAUGAAGAUGACUCGGUGGAUAUUAAAUCUGCCCCGAACAC